UGGUGUGGAGGUGGUUGGGCAGUCUGUUCUUUCUUAUACCAAGGUAUAUGGCUUCUUAAUAUUUGUAUGUUCUUCUUAGGAAAUACAGCAUGUUUUACUAUUGGCUGGAAUGGCCUACAUGGAUUUUUCUUUUGUGUUAAGACUAAACUGCAUCAAUGAAUUCUUCAUGUGGAAGUUUGAUCCCACAUCUGGAUACUUCAGCAGAUCUCAGAGGAGUUAUUUGGGCUUGUCUGCUCCUAGCUGUUGAGACCAUCAAAGAUAGAAUUGCUCCAGCAUAUAUCUUAUUGAAAAGGAGGUGCAAACUCUUGUGGUUAAGAACGCUUGUCUGCUAUCCGUUCCGAAUGACUUUGUCUUCCUAUACUUUGCUGCUGGUCAAAGUGUCGGCAGUAGAAGUCACCACACCAGAGGAGAUAUUUGUGGAGAAUGAAACAGACGUAAAGCUUCCAUGCACAUUUACAUCCGUGGAGGUGAUCAGCAGCGCAGCAUCUGUUUCUUGGAGUUUUCAACCAGAAGGAGCAGCAACUCGUAUCUCAUUUUUCUAUUACUCCAAUGGAAAGCCGUACACUGGAAAGGACAUACCAUUUAAAGACAGGGUCACUUGGGCUGGAGAUCUUAACAAGAAAGAUGCUUCUAUCAGUAUAUCAAACAUGCAGUUCCAGGACAAUGGCACUUACAUUUGUGAUGUCAAGAACCCACCUGAUAUUGUUGUCAAACCAGGAGAAAUCCGGCUUAGAGUUGUGGAGAAAGACAGCCUGCCUGCGUUCCCCAUUGCCAUGGUGGCAGGGAUAGUCAUCGGUACGGUUACAGGUCUCACACUGCUCAUCUCUAUUGUCGUGUGUCUUGUUAUGAGAAAGAACAACUCUAAAAAACGUUACUCUGGCUGCGGUACAUCUGAAAGCUUGAUGUCACCAGUUAAGCAGGCUCCGCAGAAGUCGCCCUCCGACACAGAGGGUCUGGUAAACAGCGUACCCGCCAGAUCACACCAGGGCCCAGUCAUUUACGCGCAGCUAGAUCACUCCGGAGGACAGCACAGCAACAAGAUUAACAAGUCAGAGUCUGUGGUCUAUGCUGACAUUCGGAAGAACUGAGAUGUGAUCCUAACCUGUCUAUAGCAAAACACUCUUUCAGACUGGAAUUGCUUAAACAAAAUUUGACCCAGAGAACUCACAUGUGGCCUUUGAUGCCUAGGCUAGGACCAAUGCAUGUGCAUACAGAGGGAAAGAUAUAUAUGUAUUGUGUGUAAAUAGUCUAUUUAAUCGUAGAGAAGUGAGACCAAUGUUGCAUGUUGAAAUGCGCUAAGAAUUCUGCUUAUAAAUUGCCAAUAUUCUUUUUGUAUCUUGUAUGAUGAGAGAGAAAGUGCAAACUCACAUCACAAUUUAAUAAUAUUUUUUAUUGUAUCAAUGGAGAAACUGGAAGAUGCCUGAGGAUUCUAGAUUGACUUGGAGAUUUUUUUUUGUUUAUAGGGCCUAAUUUCUUUUGUUGUUGUUGAGGUGAAUACAAAAAAGGUAACUUUCGCAGGGUAUUCAUGUUUUCUUGGUCAGGUUGUCAGUACAAAAGCUGCCUUCUCCUAUGAGGUAGACAUUCUCAUUUGGUCUUGUAAGCAGAAUUGUGACUCCUAGCUAUCAGAAAUAGAUGUCUUACCUCUGCAAGUGAAGAAAAUGUUCAGAUCUGCCUGACUUGUCUAACACAGUUCACCAAAUUGUUUACUUCUGUAUUAAGCCUGUAUAUUCAAGCUUAGUCCUUUAAGGUACAGGGAUAGUAUUGACCUAAUGAAUUCUGUGAAAUUUUAGUUUACCUGUGAAAAUUGAAGAGCUAGUGAGUUAAAGAGAUAGGAAACUGUAGCUCUAGGUGGCUGAAAAGUUCACUGAAAGUCUGAGGCAAUGAAGUGUUUCUUUCUCAAAAAUGACACUUCAUAUAAGCACAAAAAAAGGCUCCAAGGGAUUUGGAAGUUCUGAUAUUCCCUUGCCUCUCCCUCAGGGCUCCACUAUACCUCUGCCAUUUCUGAAGAGAUGCUUUCUCUGUUCUCGAAAGCCUUUAAUGAAGGCUGAAUAACCUCUGAAAGAAAUCUAGAGCUUCACUUUUUUUUUUUUUUUUCCCUUCUGGUAUUUAAUUCAGUGUGGGUUUUUUUUUGUUUUUUUUUUUUUUCUUUCUUUUUUCUUUUUUUUUAAUUUUAUAAUCUUUAUUUGCACAGACAGAUGUGGAGGGCAGUUCAUUUUCUUCUUUUCUACAAGUCUACUACUUGAUUAAUCUUAUUUCCCAGCUUCUUGUUUGUAGAUGAUACUCCUCAUAACUUGUUAGGGAUCCCUGAUUGUUCUUUUCUGCUGAAGAGGAUCUUUCUUUAGCAGUCCCAUCUGCACCCAGAAAUCUGGUGUUCUGAACUAGAGGUGGCACUCCAGCUGAGGUCUUUUCACAGUAGCAUAUAGUAAGUAGGAUUUCUGUUCUGUAUAUCCUUAUGUGGUGUUAACUUUUCUCUAAAAGCAGUUCAUUUUCAGUUUGAUCUACCAUAACCUCUUAGGUUCUUACCUAUUUCCUAAUUUGGUUUAUUUCACAGAAUCAUUUACAGAAUGAUUGAGGUUGGAAAGGAUCUCCAGAAAUUAUCUGUUUAAACCCAGAUUGGGUUUAGCUAGAGUAGGUUGGCCAGGACUGUGUCCAAUUGCAUUUUUAGUAUCUUCACAGAUGGAAACUGUCUCUUUGGGCAACUUAUCCCACUGUUUGGACACUCAGAGUAAAAGAAGUGUUUCCAUGUGUUCAGGUAGAACUCCCUGAUUUUUAACUUUUGACCAUUGCCUCUUGUUCUGUCCGUGAGUACUACUGAGAAGAGUCUGGCUUUUUCUUCAUUCUUUUUUCUCAACAAAGUUGGGUUUGCAAACUUUAUAUUCUUUCAUCAGGAUCAUGCUUGACUGGUUGCCUAACAACUCUUGCUUCUGUUAGAAGUGCUGCUAAAGUUGCAGUGAAUCCUUCUGCUGCUUUCCCUAUCUGGGCUGUUUCUUCCAAAUAUUUCUUUUACACUUAGCAAGAAACAGGAGCUUAGUUGAUGAUGGAAAACCUUUGUUUUAAUCUGCCUAUGCACAUCGCUGUGCAUUACCACCUUUCUCCCUAGACAUUUUAGAGUAAAAGGGAGAAAUGUGAUGAAUUUAAUUAUCAAACACUUGGUGCUACAAGAAAAUAGGACUGUCUUUUGCUCUGAAAUCACUGUUUUUGUGGGGCUUUUUGUUGUUGUUUGAUUGUUUUUCUGCUGGGCUCUACCUAAGAAUCUGAGUACAAUCCUGUUACUUCUGGUGCUAACUAUAGGAAAUGUGUAAUUUCAUUGGUUUUCUUUAGGUACAGGUAUGUACCUAAAGAGAGAAGUCUCAUUGCAAGGCUGCUUGGAUUCAGACAGCCUUGUGUGUGAAGGCAUAUUGAGGUGGUUUUUUUGUUUGUUUUUUGUUUUGUUUUGUUUUGUUUUAGGAAAGAAACAAGCUCUCUUCCCCAUAGGAAUAGUAGAAAUCAAUCUCAAGUGUGAUCGACAGUUCUCCGGGCUGCCUAUUCCAGUGCUUUACCAUCGUCAGAGUAAAGAUUUUUCUCUUAAUAUCUAAUCUAUAUCUCCCCUCUUUUAGUUUAAAACCAUUCCUUCUUGUCCUAUCACCAUCAGACCAUCAGCCUGUGUAAAAAGUCAGUCUAUCUCCUGGUUAUAAGCUCUUUCUGAGUACUGUAAGCUCCUUUUGAGUACUCUGAGUUCUGGAGACCUUCCGUAAUGGGGAAAUUUAGGUUAGAUGGUAGGAGAAAAUUCUUCACUCAGAGGGUAGUGAGGCAGAAGCACAGCUGCCCAGAGAAGCUGUGGAUGCCCCAUCCCUGGAGGUGCUCAAGGCUGGGUUGGAUGGGCCCUGGGCAGCCUGAGGUGUGGUUGGCAGCCCUGCCCAUGGCAGACAGGUGGAACUGGGUGGUUUUUAAGCUGCCUUCUAACUCAAGCCAUUCUAUGACACUGUGAACUUGAGGCAGCAUGGAACAGAACUACUGUGAACUUUUGGGCACUCAGCGUGUUAGCUUAUUUAUUUGGAUAUAAUAGUCUGUGCUGAUGAAAGGGACUGAUGUUAGUUGGUUUACUUAGUGACAUCAUCUCAAGUGACAGAUGACUUCUAAUUUCCUUGAUGGCUAGCAAGCAGAGAUUGAAAUCAGACAAAGUCAUCAGAUUGUGAUGUUAUGGUGACAGAAAUUCAGUUGGGUGUCCUCUACUGCUAUUUUCUUAAUUCUUUGAUGCUCUUUUGCAGGUGGAAAAGAACAGCAUGUACUUUUAGGAAAAUGAAGUGUAUUGUCCUUAACCAGUGUCAGUACCACUGCUAGCUCUUUUUUUGGUCUUGCUGCAGCCCAGCUGAAGAACUGACAAGAAUCUUGAGGCAGUAGCAAAUGACUGUUAGGCGAGCAGGCACUCAUGGGUGAUGGAGCUGAGGAAGGUCUGCAUGAUGUAAAAGAUUUACAAUGAAUUCUCUGCUGUGAGGAGGAAAAAAAUAGACUUUUACAUGUAAAAGUGACCUUGUAUGCAUUAUAGGAAUACAGUUUGGGAGUGCCAACUUGGGCUCUGGCUGCUGAGCCAGCUUGCACCCCCUAGAGACAUGGUAUCACACAUCUUUGUCAUCCCCUCUUCUGAACAGAGCUGCAAAUUGAAGAGUUUUGUCUCUACUAACAGUGGAUAUAUUCUUCUUUAUUACUGAUCAGCAGAAAUAGAUUUUGAAGGGUAUUAGGCAUAACUAUACUGACGUUAGUAAAUCAGUAGCUAUACUCAGUACAACAAAUCUCCAUUGCCUUUUUUGUCUUCAGCAGUUGUUCUGUGAGGGAGAUCAUCAGUGUGUUCAUUAGAUGGCACUAAAUCACACAUUACACGUGUUCAUUAAAGAGCCACUAUAGGUUGGCAAAUAUAUCCCUAUACUUAACUACAUGAUAAUAACUGGACACCUGCAUUGGUUUUUGUUUUUGGAUUAUUUUUUUUUAAGCUUUGGCGCUGUUUCAGUUUGUGAGAAAAUGAGCUGGAAAUAAGUUUUCAGCUUUUUUAAACCUGUGAGAACUGCUCAGGUAACCAUCUGUCUGGUAACUGAAGGAAAUGUAUACAUGCAGCUUGUAAGCUGCGUUGCUGUAGAGUGGAUUCUUUGAGGUAAAAUGCAGGCCAUUUGAAUUAUGACCAAAAUACUUUCAGUCUGUUUUAAAAUUUUGUCUUGGAUUUUACAUUAAUAAUAUAUCCACCUAGGACCUCAAAUGCAAUUUGUUCUGACACUACAAAGGUGAUGAAAUUAUUUUCUUUUUAAAACUAUCAAAGCUGAAAAGGUGGGUAAGACUUCUGGGCAGUGGCCAUUGGCCUGUGGUGCUAAUAUUUAGGUAACAAACUACAAAAUCAUAUAAAGAUGCUCAGGACUUGUACUCUUCUGAGGCUUCUCUUUCCCUGCUCUUCACUGCCCUAAGGCUACUAAACCCUUCAAUUAAAGGUGUUUUUGCACUCUAAAAUCAAGUUCAAUGCCUCUUGAGAUCAGUGUGCUGUGCAAUCUUUUCUGUCUCCCUACAAUGGCAGCUCUUUUUAUGCGGUAAAUAUAAUUGGGAAUAUAGACUGGAUACUUUUCAUAACCCUCCAUUUGGAGGUAUGUGGGAGAACAAACACCUGUAAGACAGGUGUAUAAUCUGUGUGAGGGAGCUAGAUAUGCAUUGCAUGGCCUGACUACGUGAACAUCCUGUGUAUCAACGGUUAGUGCUUUUGCUUUUACAGACUCAUCUGGAAAGUUAUCCUGGAUAUUUUUUCUUGAAUGGACUUUCACAUUUUCUGUUGUAAUCUUGUGAAUAUUUUAAUACACUUAUUUCCCCCCUCAA